CCAGCCCAAUGAGGCUUAUCGAGAGAGACGUCAUCGGCAUCGCCCCCCAUCUUUGCCGCCAUUACUAUCUAUGGGUGUCCACAGGAUUCAGUCACUCUCAUUCACACGGAGUUCGCGUGUCGUGUCCAACAGUUUGGUUGUAGUCUUCCUUGAACCACGCUCGAUGAACUACAAGAACGCCCACUGCACAUCUCUCUCUGUGUCUGCAGAUUCGCGAUGGAUCACGCGGCGGUUGCAAAGCGGACGGAUUUGAUGACCAUAACCCGACACGUGCUGAACGAGCAAUCCAAAUACCCAGAAUCGCGUGGGGAUUUCACCAUCUUGCUUAAUCAUAUUGUUCUUGGCUGCAAAUUCGUCUGUUCUGCUGUCAGCAAGGCUGGCUUGGCGAAGCUCAUUGGACUCGCCGGAGAAACCAAUGUGCAGGGCGAGGCCCAGAAGAAGCUAGAUGUGCUUUCGAAUGAAGUUUUCAUCAAGGCAUUGAUCAGCAGCAGCCGAACUUGCAUUCUUGUCUCUGAAGAGGAUGAAGAGGCAACAAUUGUGGAGAAGUCUAAGCGUGGAAAAUAUUGUGUUGUUUUCGACCCUCUGGACGGAUCAUCGAAUAUUGACUGUGGUGUUUCGAUUGGGACUAUUUUCGGGAUUUAUAUGAUCAAGAAUUUUCAAGAAGCGAAACUAGACGAUGUCCUGCAGCCGGGGAAGAACAUGUCGGCUGCAGGCUACUGUAUGUAUGGAAGCUCUUGCACGCUUGUUCUGAGUACCGGCAAUGGAGUUAAUGGGUUCACGCUCGAUCCAACCCUCGGAGAAUUUAUACUCACUCAUCCAAACAUCAAGAUCCCCAAGAAAGGAAGGAUUUAUUCGGUUAACGAAGGAAAUACGAGGAAUUGGGAUGGGCCGACAACUAAAUUCGUCGGCAACUGCAAGUACCCCAAAGACGGGAUGCCAGCUAAAUCUAUGAGAUACAUCGGAAGCAUGGUUGCUGAUGUUCAUCGAACGUUGCUUUACGGAGGCAUCUUUAUGUACCCUGCUGAUAAGAAAAGCCCGAAUGGGAAGCUCCGGGUGCUGUACGAAGUAUUCCCCAUGUCAUUUUUGAUCGAACAGGCGGGAGGACAGGCGUUUACGGGGAAGGAGCGGGCACUUGAUUUGAUUCCUAAGAGCAUACACGAACGCUCCCCAGUAUUCCUCGGCAGCUACGAUGAUGUAGAGGAGAUCAAAGCAUUAUAUGCUGCUCAAGGGAAUUAAUAUUUAAUAAUCAUCUUGUAAAUGUCUUUCCUUUCCUGCCUAUCAAUUAUUAAUAUACUAUUAUUUUUACUACUUUCAAUUCUAUAAUAUAAUUCUUUAGUCAUAUAACUGCCAUGCA